UAUGAAGAUUGAAGAUAUAGUUAUCCAAUAUCUAGUGAAUCAUUAAAUGGGUGCCACAUACUCAAGGGACAAGUCCAUCUCCCAUGCAACCAAAAGCAAACAACUACUUUUCAUUUCUCAGUCACUGAUCUUACAAUCCUAGCAACCAUGGAAGCCAUCACAAAAUCUCUCUACCUAACAAAAUUUCCCAACUCUCAAAUCUACUCUAGUUCUUCUUCAAAUUCACCAAUUUCAUUACACUCCAAAGCCACUUCAGUAACUUUCAAUUCAUCAACACAUCAUUUGCACAAAUGCUUUCUUUUUCAGCAACCUGGUCGCGGUGUUAUACAUCCCAUAGCAAAAAAUAAGGGGAAACUAGGAGUUAUACAUGCAUCAGAAGCUGCAACUCCAAUAACAAAUGCUACUGGAAGAUGGAUUCUUGAACCAAUUGGAGAUGGUGACACAAGACAUAUAGGCUACAAGGUUGCGAUGCCAGGUGCAUAUGAAAUAGCUUCGAAUGAAGUUACUGUAGGACGUGUUCCAGAGAAAGCUGAUAUAGUGAUUCAAGUUGCAACAGUGUCGGGUGCGCAUGCACGCAUUCGGAAAAAAGAAGACAAUCUUCUAGUUAUGGAUUUGGAUAGCACCAACGGGACAUUCGUUGACGAGAAACGGCUGAGACCUGGAGUAGUUACCAUUGUAUCUCCGGGGAGUUUUAUUACUUUUGGGGAUACUCAUUUGGCUAUGUUCCGAGUGUCAAAGAUAAAAGAUGAGAAGGUUGCAGAUACAACUGGAGAAACAGAAGGUGAAUCAGACAAUGGUGACAAAUCUGAUAUUACCGAAACAAGUUGAACUUGUAGUUGUAAUGCAUAGUAGUUUGUUUUGUAAAGUUAAAAUAUUCGCAUUGUUUUGCAAGGCCAUUUUGAUACAUAACAUAUUCUAUGGUUGAGUUAAUAUUCUGCCCAAUGUUGUCGCUGCCAAACAAUAGGAAAAGAUAAAUGUUCACAAGUUAACAUGUACACAAUUUGGUGUUUUGUUUGUUUGUUUUAUAGUCUGAAACUAAGUUGGUUUUAUCAA